UCUGUAGAUCAGAGGAAGUAAAGAAACAUAGGAGGAGCUGGGAGGGUUUAAAGAAAGAGUUGAGAUCAUAUACUGAAGAGAAAGACUGAGAGAAAGAGAAAAUGUCUGAUGAGUGUCAUCUGUGUCUGCUGGGACUGAUCUUUCUCUCUUCACUUCUCACAGGUGUCAGCGGAGUGGAUGAUGAUCAUGUGUUCAUCAGUUCUGGUGAAGAUGUCCGUCUGUCCUGUAAUAAUGCUCUUCAUGACUGUACAUCAACUACAUGGAGCUAUAACACAUUCAGUCAUUCAGCAGCAGUUGAACUGAUUGCUUUAGGGAGAAAGAAAGACACAGAGAGACAUGAGAGACUGAGUCUGGGGUCUGACUGCUCUCUGAACAUCAGGAACAUCUCAACAGAAGAUCAUGGAUCUUACAUCUGCCAACAAUGGACUGGUGUGGGUGGACCACGACUAAGACCUGAUGCUCAUGUUUAUCUGCAUGUUCUUCAUGUCUCAUCCUCACAGACUGAGAUCAGUGCAGAUCUCUCUGUGACUCUCUUCUGUCAGCUGUAUUCAUAUCAUCGAGUCUCUUGUGAUGAUUCGGUCGAUUCUGAGAGAAUUCAUCUGUUCUGGGUGAAUCAGGCUGGUGUUAAACUGACGAGAUCAGACUCCAGAUAUCAGAUAUCAUCCUCAUCAGAUCACUGUAUCAUCUCUCUGAAUACAACACUCCUGAAUGAAGAUCACAACAGAGAGUGGAGAUGUGAAGUUACUCACAGAGAUCAAGUCAAGAGCUCAGUCACAUACACUGUCAAGAGUUCAGGAAAAUCUUGA